AUGGCACGAGGAGACGACCAGCAAGUGGGUUUCGGUCAGUGUCCAGAACAGCGAGACGUUCUUCCGGCGCAAUAUCCAGCUACCAACCGACCAUUACCACAGAAAUGUGGGAGGAGACAUCAGCUACAACGAUUCAUGGAUUAUGGCGACGAGAAUGCUCCAAUUCUUCACAACCGUCGCUACCAGAGCCCUCCUCCUUUCCUUGCGCGCUCACUCAACGUCGAUGUCAAGGACGUCGUCUGGAACCACAUGGAGCAGACCGUCCACUUCGUUCCCCGAACCAAGUACAACAAUGCUGAGUCACCCAAGAGAGUCACGUUCUUGCAGAAUUGGAACGCCCUCCAGCAGACUUGGCCGAACCUCAUGAUCGGACCCAAGCCCGAGGGUUUCGAGUGGAAGUGCGCCGUCUGCAGUGCCCUUGCGACAUCGAGACUGCCUACUGGCAACAAGCGAAUCCUGUGCCAGCCGAUUACAGCAGGCGAGAUAGAGCCCGACGAGAUAGUCGGCUUGGGAGCUACUGCAGAACAAAUCGCUUCAUGGUCUUGUCAAAUUUGCUGGACCGCUUAUCGCCGACCUUGUGUCUGGAUCAACAAGGACAUCUUCACGAAGACCAGGAAGUCUACGGAAGGAUCCUCCUACGUGUACACGUUGCCCAACUACCCGGGUCUUGUGCCAGUGUUCCCGAGUCAACUUCAGGCAGUGGAGCAUCCCCCUACUCUCCCGGAGUACGAUAUUUACCAUCUGAAGGGCGAGCUUGACACGAACGAGGAUGGUGCUGAGGACGAUGUUGUGGAUGAGUUUGCUGUCGUGGGUUAA